CUCAGGCAACAGGCGGCAACCUACCACUGGGCAGGGGCCUUGGGCACUCAACGGGACUCUAGCUGUGGAGACUGGCCACAGCACAGCUCCCACCCAGCUUUCUAGGGUCAUUGGGUUCACGGGGACUCAACGGGUUGCGAUGGCUCAAACACUCAGGGGCACCACAGGUAGCUAUACUCCGGGCAUGCCAUCAGGACACGGGUGGUCAGUGCACACACAGCGGAGACAGUUCAGGACACGAGUGGUCGGUGCACACACCGGGAACAGUUCAGAACACGGGUGGUCGGUGCACACAGUAGGCACAGUUCAGGACACAGGUGGUCAGUGAGCACAACAGGGAUGGUUCAGGACAUGGGUGGUCGGUGCACACAGCGGAGACAGUUCAGAACACGGGUGGUCAGUGCGCACAACAGGGACAGUUCAGGACACGGGUGGUCGGUGCACACAGCGGGGACAGUUCAGAACACGGGUGGUCGGUGCGCACAGCCGACACAGUUCAGGACACAGGUGGUCAGUGCGCACAAAAGGGACAUUUCAGGACAUGGUGGUCGGUGCACACAACAGGAACAGUUCAGGACACAGGUGGUCAGUGCACACAACAAGGACAGUUCAGGACACGGGUGGUCGGUGCACACAGCGGGGACAGUUCAGGAC